AUGAAUCUAAACGCCGUACGGAUGUACUGCAUUCUGAUGCUCUUGAACCUCGCUCGAGGAUGCAUGUGGAUGCAUCCUCGAGAUAAAGGCUCUCAAAGCAAUUUCAAAGUGGUCAGCUAUUAUUCCAUACAACUGCUUGAACAAAUGGGUGAUGAAGUUACACAACGAAAAUCCAAUGUUCACAACCUAAACAGACUCUACGAACAUACUAAAAACUUGCAGGCUGAGGAACGCAUCAUCUUCAUCCAUGAAGUCAUAAACAACAUUAAAGAGCUGUAUAUCAAUGGCAAAUAUGAUACUGUCACGCGGGACCCAAAAAAGCUGCAGAUGUUCCAACUCAACCUCGAUCGCCAGGCUUCGGAGCUGAAAGAAUGCAUAAAAACACUGAAGUCCCGGGCAUCUCACUCAAGUUGGUAUAAGAAAAUAAAAAUAUAUUUCAAGAAAAUGCUUCAGGAAAGCACGAACUACAGCGCCGAAGACUGGGAGAAAGUCCGAGCUGAAGUUCUGACACAUUUACGAAGACUGGAUAUCCUAGCCAGCACGGAAAAAUAGUCCUGGUGGCAAACACGAUGUUGAUUUACAGAAAGCGCGCUAAAUUUCACUGUGGAAGAAAACGUACCAAUGGACACCUAUCCAGCUGCAUCGGGAGCAAUGAAAACAAUGCUGACUGCUUUUGUAGUGUGUGUGUGUGUGUGUGUGUGUGUGUGUGUGUGUGUGAGAGAGAGAGACAGAGAGAGAGAGAGAGACUGUAUAAUUGUUACAUGUCAUUGUUAAAUGAAAUCACAUCUUAUGUUUGUGCAUAUAUGUAUUUAUUUAAAUUAAUAUUUAUUUAUAAUGAUGGACCUAUUUAUUUAAAUGUAUGAAUUUAAACAUG